AUGCCGGCGGCACCUUCGCGCGAUCAGGACUUCUGGCUGGCAGACGGCAACGUCGUGCUAUUAGCAGGAGAUCACGCCUUCCGAGUCCAUCAAUCCAUACUGUGUCGUAGAUCAGAUGUCUUCCACAACCUGUUCAGAGUACCUCAGCCGGAGGGUGGAGAGAUGAUCGAUGGCUGCCCUGUCGUGUGUCUGUCCGACAGUCGGCACGAUGUGCGAUGCUUGCUGAAAGCCCUGUACGAUGGAAGCAGCUUUCCAGACCCUCAGACUAGAUGGGAAUUCUGGACGCUGGCUGCACUCAUUCGCAUGGGUCACAAAUAUGAGAUGGCAGCGAUAUGCGCAAGUGCUUUAGAUUGUAUGAAGACAGGGUUUCCGGAAGAUUUGGAUGCAUGGCUCGAUGUCUGUGCCAGUGGUUUGGAGAGCGAGAGGAUGACUUUCGAGGCUGAACAUGCCAUCGUCGCAAUCCGUCUUGCUCGUCUCACACAAACAGACUCCAUGCUUCCUGCUGCAUUCUAUCUCUGCUGCCAGCUGGAUUCCAGACAUCUCAUCGAUGGAGUAACAGACAUUGAUGGAGUAAAGCAUGUGUUGGACCCCGAAGACCUGGCAAGAUGUAUUGAUGGACGUGCACAGCUACAAGGCAAUGUCAAUGCUUUGGCAGCCCGCAUCCUCAAACCAAAAGCUGAUGCCAUGUGUUCGAAGAGGGAUACCUGCAGAGGGGAAAUGCAGAUGGUCCGUGACAGGCUCCUCUACGAGGGUAUGAGCUCCUGUAAUGUGUUCUCGCCACCAUGGGAAGAGUCUGUCAAUGACAUGUGCUCUCGGAUAUGCAACCUCUGUGCUGCCAACAUACGGAAAAGGAGGAGGACAUUCGAGAGACGUGUCUGGAGUCUCGUGCCGAACAUGAUUGGCUUAAUCAAAGAUGACUCUAAUCGUUGA